AGCAAUCACCCCCCCCAUUAUCCAUUCCAAAAGAAAACCUCUAAAUCUAAAUGUUGCACACUCCACCAGUCUUCUUCCUCCGCCACCUACUUCCUUUUCUCUUCCAUAUUCCAUGGUUACCAACAAUUCCCCUGUUUAAUUCUCUCUCUCUUUCUCUCUUUACAACCUCUCAACCUACUUAAUUUUAUUCUUUUCAGACAUGACUCCCUUCUCUUGUUUACCUUGUGCCAGAAGUACCACUUCCCCUGAUGCAUUCCUUCUUCGGUAUCCUCAUCUACGUCUUCCCAAAUGCCGUCACUACGAACAUCAACUUCCCAAGAUAGAGAAUCUUAUGUUCAGGCCUUUCCAAGUUCCAACCAGGCCUUAUCUCCCUAUCUUGAGCUUGAGAAACUCUAGGCGCACGCACCCUUGUGCCAAUAUAUCUUCUUUCGCUGAGGCGGAAGGUGGGAAAGAGCAAAACGAUGAAGCAAUCCAUCUUGGAACUCGGCAAGAAGAUGCUAAACCCAAUGAAGAGUACCUGCCUGGAAUGGCUCAAGCCUUUAAUAUAUCUUCCAGAACUGCUUCUGCUAUUGCUAUAUUCAUAGCCUUUGCAGCUCUCACUCUUCCGUUUUUUAUGAAGUCUUUAGGUCAAGGUGUUGGCGUGAAGACCAAGUUCUUAUCAUAUGCCACACUUUUAUUUGGGUUUUACAUGGCUUGGAAUAUUGGAGCCAAUGAUGUGGCUAAUGCCAUGGGAACUUCAGUGGGAUCAGGUGCAUUGACCCUGCGUCAGGCUGUUGUAACGGCGGCCAUUUUGGAGUUCUCUGGAGCAUUGUUGAUGGGAACUCAUGUGACCGGUACAAUGCAGAAUGGGAUCCUUGUUGCUAACAUGUUCCAGGGGAAGGAUACUCUACUUUUUGCUGGAUUGCUCUCUUCUCUCGCUUCUGCUGGUACUUGGCUGCAGGUUGCAUCUUAUUAUGGUUGGCCAGUUUCCACCACGCACUGUAUAGUAGGAUCAAUGGUUGGAUUUGGGCUGGCAUAUGGUGGAGCUGGCGCUGUUUUCUGGACGUCUUUGGCAAGGGUAGCGUCAUCGUGGGUUAUCUCACCUGUAUUGGGAGCAUUGGUGUCAUUUCUAGUCUACAAAUGCAUCCGCAGAUUUGUUUACAGUGCACGCAAUCCGGGACAAGCAGCGGCUGCAGCGGCACCGAUUGCUGUUUUUCUGGGUGUAACCGGGAUUUCUUUUGCAGCCUUUCCAUUAAGUAAGAGCUUUCCAAUAGCUCUUGCUCAGGCUUUGGGUUGUGGAGCAGUUGGGGCAGUCCUAGUUUACAAUCUUAUCAGAAAACAGCUCGGUCAUCUCCUUGAGAAGUCAGCUUCAUCACACUCAGAGCCACAAGAGAGUAAUACUCAGACUAAAAAUCUUGGCCUUCUCUCGGAUGUCGCAGGGCCUAAAGGCACCCAACUGGAAAUAGUUUAUGGUGUCUUUGGAUACAUGCAGGUAUUGUCAGCUUGCUUCAUGUCAUUCGCCCAUGGAGGAAAUGAUGUCUCAAAUGCAAUAGGGCCUCUAGCUGGUGCAUUAUCGAUUCUUCAAGGUGGUGCCAGCAGCGCUGAGAUCGUUAUCCCAAAUGAUGUUCUUGCAUGGGGAGGAUUCGGGAUUGUUGCAGGGCUUUUGAUUUGGGGGUAUAGAGUGAUAGCAACUAUUGGGAAGAAGAUCACCGAACUCACACCAACUAGAGGGUUUGCAGCUGAGUUUGCAGCUGCUUCGGUCGUUCUCUUUGCAUCAAAGCUGGCAUUGCCGAUCUCAGCAACCCAUACUUUGGUCGGAGCCGUCAUGGGAGUCGGCUUUGCAAGGGGAUUAAAUAGUGUUCGAGCCGAGACCGUGCGAGAGAUCGUGACAUCCUGGGCUGUGACAAUCCCGGUUGGUGCUUCUCUUGCGGUUCUCUACACAUGGAUCUUAACCAAACUUUUGUCAUUUAUUUUAUGACAAAUUAUUCCACAAAAUUUAGACAGCUUGCUGUAUGGGAUUAAUUCAAAUCAUUCACCUUUUUUUUCUCUUUCAAACUAUUUAAUGAAUUGUUAUGCCUUGUUGAGUUGGUGUGAUUUCCUUAAAGUGGAAAUCACUAAAUAUUUGGAUGCAGAUAUUGGAGGAAUAUUUGUUGGAAACAUUUUAAAGGAGAUUCUUCAAUUUCAAA